AUGUGGCUCUCUGCAGGAGAAUAUUCUGUUAAGAUCAGCAUUGCAAUAGUAGCUUCCUGCUCCAUAAUGAGUUUCUGGCUUAGGUGGAUUGUUGGUUCAUGGUCAUUAUUCUGGGCUCUUUUUGUGAGUAUCAUGCUCGGUACUGCAUACUCUAUCAAUUUCCCACUUUUACGGUGGAAAAGAUAUGCAUUGGUUGCAGCAAUGUGUAUCCUCGCUGACCGAGCUAUCAUUGUUCAAAUUGCCUUUUAUCUACAUAUUCAAACUCAUGUGUUUGGAAGACCGGUCAUGUUCACGAGGCCUCUUAUUUUCGCCACUGCGUUUAUGAGCUUCUUCUAUGUCGUUAUUGCAUUGUUUAAGGAUAUACCUGAUAUUGAAGGGGAUAAGAUCUUCGGAAUUAGAUCAUUCUAUGUAACCCUCGGUCAAAAGCGGGUAAAAUCUAAAACUAAAGACCUUGUUAGUCUCUGUGUGUUGAACUACGAUUGA